AGCCGAGCGCUGCCUGAGCCGCCCGGACCGCCGACUUACGCCCGAUCAGAGCCUACAGGAGCCAUGGGGAGCCCAUCCAGAGCGCUUAUUUACACUUUAUUCGCCUCAUGGUUGAUCUUAACCUCAGGGACGGAGAAUGAAGAAGCCGGGUUGGAGACGUGGAUGGGAGAGAGCGAGACUGACGACGUCCUGCCUGCUGACGACCUGGAUGAUUCCACCCCGGGCACGGAUGAUGGAGAUGCUUCUGAUCUCCCCACCUGCCUGCUGUGCGUGUGUUUGACCGGAUCGGUGUACUGCGAGGAGGUCGACCCCGACAUGACCUCGGUGCCGGCUCUUCCCAAAGAAACGGCCUACCUGUACGCACGCUACAACAAGAUAAAGAAGAUCACCGCCAAAGAUUUCGGAGAUAUCGUGACUCUGAAACGAAUCGACCUGACUGGAAACAUGAUUAUGGAGAUCGAGGACGGAGCCUUUUUAAAGCUGACGCUGCUGGAGGAACUCUCACUGGCUGAAAACCAGCUGGUCAAGCUGCCAAUGUUGCCACCCAAGCUGAUGUCUUUCAACGCCAAUCACAACCGCCUCAAGACCAAAGGAGUCAAGGCCAACGUGUUUCAGAAACUGACCAAACUCAAAACUCUGUAUCUGGCUCACAACGAGCUGGAGGCUGUUCCCAUGAUUCCAGAGAGCGUCCGCAUCUUCCACAUUCAGAACAACGCCAUAUCGACCCUCAGCACCGACACCUUCUGCAAAAGCAACGACACCUACUACAUCCGGCCCAACCUGAACGAGAUCAGGAUGGACGGAAACCCGGUGGUCCUGGCACAGUACCCCAACAGCUUCACCUGUCUGCAGUCUCUGCCAAUCGGACGGUACCACUGAACAUCGGAACAACGUCCGAACCUACGUUCACCCCACUUCAUUCGCAUCGUCCAAAUUAGAAGGUGUCAGACGGUGUUACUGGACCGAUCGAACGAACCUGAUCCAUAACGUGUCGGACGUUUCUCCAUGAAUCGUUUUUAUCUCGCGUCUGAAUGCGUUUGAAUCCUUCGUCCUGAUAAGAGAUGAAAAUCUUAUCGUGUUUUCUAAUAAACCAUAAUCAUCCCAGUCUCACCACCCUCACAUAUCACGUCCUUAACAUGAGCUUACAUUCUGGCGACAGUCGUUGACCAAUAAUUGACGUUUACGAUUAAAGUUUACCACCAGUUGCAUGAUUUUCUAGAUGUUUUGGUCACACCGAGGCUUCUACACAAGAGGUCGUACAAAAACUCAAAUCUUAGCUACGGAUUCAUACCAGAAAUCCUCCCCAAAAAUUCUAUUCAUGAAAUUUACAAUUUCUUACUUUGUAUGCCUUAAUUUGUCAUCAAUACAUUGUACGGCGCCUUGCUACACUGAUCAGCCAUAACAUUAAAACCACCUCCUUGUUUCUACACUCACUGUCCAU